AUGGCUGAUGCACAAUUCGAUAGCGCGCUCGACCUCCUUCGGCGCCUGAACCCCCGCGAUACCAAGAAGAACCUACAAGCGAUCACCUCAAUUGUCCCCGAACUUACAGAAGACCUCCUCGCCUCCGUUGAUCAGCCCCUGGAGAUUCGCCGCUGCCCGCAGAGCAACCGCGACUACUUGCUCUGCGACUACAACCGUGACGGCGAUAGCUAUCGGUCACCAUGGAGCAAUGAGUUUGAUCCCCCACUUGAGGAUGGUACCGUACCCAGUGAGCGCGUGCGCAAGCUCGAACUUGCAGCCAACGAGUCUUUCGAUGUUUACCGCGAAUUGUACUAUGAGGGGGGGUGUGUCACCCCCGGUUCCCAGAGCUCCGGCGAAUGGGACAGCAUUCACGUUUUUGAGGCCACCGACCGUGCUCGCAUGUCCCACUACAAACUCACCAGUACCGUUAUUCUUCACCUGGCCAACAAGACCGAGGCUCUUGGUGAUAUGGACCUCAGCGGAAACAUGACGCGCCAGGUGGAAGUUGACCUGCCAGUUGAGUCGGACGCUAGCCAUGUCGCCAAUGUAGGCAGGUUGGUUGAGGAUAUGGAGUUGAAGAUGCGGAAUUUACUGCAGGAGGUUUACUUCGGUAAGGCUAAGGACGUUGUUGGAGAGCUCCGAAGCAUCGGGCCAUUGUCGGAUGCGAACAGAGACCGGGAAAUCCAGCGGGAGAUGAUCACGUCCAUGCAGAAGUAG